AUGGCUACCGCUACAAUAGUCAAGAAGCCUCUCCCCGCGCUCACCUCCGGGUGGAGUGCCGAAAAGGACUUCAAGCCGCUGGGCAAGCUCACCAAAGCCACCGAGCGCAGCCUUGAGCCCGUCGGCCCGCACUUCCUUGCACACGCCCGCCGCUCCAGGCACAAGCGCACCUUCUCUGAGGACGAUAGGAUUCAGGCACAGGAGCGUGCCAAGAAGGUCGAGGAUGAGGACGAUGGCGAGAUCAGCGAGCCCGAAGACCCUAUGAUGUUCCAGCGGGAUGCCAAGGACUGGAAGAACCAAGACCAUUACCAAGUUCUCGGUCUGUCCAAGUACCGCUACAAGGCUUCCGAGGACCAGAUUAAGCGCGCACACCGCAAGAAGGUCCUCAAGCACCACCCCGACAAAAAGGCCGCCGCCGGUCGCGUCGAUGACGACAACUUCUUCAAGUGCAUCCAAAAGGCCACCGAGGUGCUUCUGGACCCUGUCAAGCGUCGCCAGUUCGAUUCGGUCGACGAGAAGGCCGACGUCGAGCCCCCGACCAAGAAGCAGCUGCAGAAGGGCAACUACUACAAGCUCUGGGGCAACGUCUUCAAGGCCGAGGCGCGCUUCAGCAAGGUCCAUCCCGUGCCACAGUUUGGCGGCGAGGACGCCAGCAAGGAGCAGGUUGAGGAGUUCUACAACUUUUGGUACAACUUUGACAGCUGGCGCUCGUUCGAGUACCUGGACGAGGAUGUGCCCGACGACAACGAGAACCGUGACCAGAAGCGUCAGAUGGAGAGGAAGAACGCCAACGCCCGUAAGAAGAAGAAGGUCGAGGACAACGCCCGUCUGCGUAAGCUGCUCGACGACGCCUCUGCCGGCGACGAGCGCAUCAAGCGGUUCAGGCAGGAGGCCAACGCUGCCAAGAACAAGAAGAAGGCAGAAAAGGAGGCGGCGGAGAAGAAGGCCAUCGAGGACGCCCGGCUGAAGAAGGAGGCCGAGGAGAAGGCGGCUAAAGAGGCGGAGGAAAAGGCUAAGGCUGACCGCGAGGCCGGCAAGAAGGCCAAGGAGGCGGCCAAGAACGCUGUCAAGAAGAACAAGCGUGUGCUCAAGGGUUCGGUCAAGGACGCAAACUAUUUUGCCAGCGGAGAUGCAUCGGCGGCACAGGUCGACGCCGUGCUGGGUGAUGUCGACUUGGUGCAGAGCAAGAUCGAUGCCGACGAGAUCGCUGCGCUGGCUGGUAAGCUCAAUGGGCUUACCGUCGCGGACGAAAUCAAGGCCGUCUGGCAAGGCGAAGUCAAGAGGCUGGUUGACGCCGGAAAGCUUAAGGAGGGCGAGGCCAAGACUUUGGCUUGA